UCAAAUCUUUUUCUGCAGCAAACAAAAGCUGCCACUUUGCACAUUCCAUUCCAAGCAACAAUUUCUAUUACCAUUAUCAAAAACUCGUUCUGGGUUUGAUCAAAGAUUGAAUCUUUUUUCUUAGUUCAACAAAAAUGAGAGAAGAAAAAGAAAACCCAUCAAAACCAUCAAAAUUUGCUGAUCAAAACCACCCACCAAAGUCCCAAAACAUGAGAAUAAACACCAAUAAUAAUGCAUCAAAGCCAAGAUCUUCAUGGGGUUCACAUAUAGUUAAAGGCUUUACAGCAGACAAAAAAACCAAACCACCUUCAAACACAACUACAAUAAUUUUAACCAAGAAACUUCCAUUACCAGCUUCAGAAUCCACCAACCAAAGGAACCCAACUGUGUCAUCUCAGUCUAGAGUGAAAAGAUCAUUAAUUGGUGAUCUAUCUUGCUCAGUAGCAGCCACCCAAGUGCACCCACAUGCAUACAGUAACCAGACUGGUCAUAGAAGACAGUCUUCAGGGUCAAGAGAUUUGUUUCUUGAAUUAGACCAUUUAAGAAGCUUGCUUCAAGAAUCUAAGGAGAGGGAGUUUGAGUUGCAAGCUGAGUUAUCAGAGGUGAAAAGGAAUGGGAGAUUGUUGGAGCUUGAAACCAAGAAAAAUGAGGUUGAUGAGCUUUAUGAAAGAAUUGGGGUUUUGGAGAAUGAAAAAAGUGUUCUCUGUGAGCAAGUGGCAGAAAUGUGUUUGAGUUCAGGGAAGAAGAAUGGUGAGGGUUUGAUAAGUAAUGAGGGUUUGAUGGGGAAUUUGGAAAUGGAAGUUGUUGAAUUGAGGAGAUUGAAUAAGGAGUUGCAGAUGGAGAAGAGGAAUCUUUCUUGUAAAAUAUCUUCUUUGGAGACUCAAUUGGCUUCUCUUGCCAAGGCUUCUGAGAGUGAAGAGGCAACUUCAUUAAGAAUAACGAAUGAAGAUUUGUGUAAACAAGUUGAGGGUUUACAAAUGAGCAGGCUAAAUGAAGUGGAGGAGCUUGCAUAUCUUAGGUGGGUUAAUUCAUGUUUGCGAGAUGAAUUGAGGAAUUCGUGCUCGACAAAUUCUGAUAAUAAGGCUUCAGUAGCAAAUUCAGAAGAGAAAAGUAGUGAAUCUGUUAGCUCAUUUUCUUGCAAUGAGUAUUUAGAAUAUAGUAGUGCAAAGAGAUUAAAUUUGAUUAAGAAGUUGAAGAAAUGGCCUAUUAUUGAUGAAGAUUUGUCAAACUUAGAAUGUUCUGAUAAAAAUUGGGUUCAUUUAGAGGAAUUAAGAAGUCCAAGGAGAAGACACUCUAUAAGUGGAUCAAAGAUCAGCAUAGAAGAGUUGGUAUCAAGUAAGCGAAGGCAAUCUGAUGGUUUUAUGUGUUUAAAAGAAGCGGAAAAGGAAACCGAGCCAUUAAUUUCUCAGAAAUACGAGUUCUGUAUAGAUCAAAGACCCCAAAUGUAUGCAAAUUGCAUAGAGAAUUAUAAGAUUGUAUCGUCAAUAGAUGUUGAAAAAAGGGCUUUGCGUGUCCCGAAUCCUCCUCCAAUACCUUCAUGUUCAAUACCAAAUGAAGUUAAAGAGGAAAGUUUAGCUAAAGCUGCACCCCCGCCGCCACCUCCGCCUCCACCACCACCACGUCUUCCGAAGCUCUCAGCUAGAAGUAGUUCGGCAGGAGUAGUGCAGCGUGCACCACAAGUUGUCGAGUUUUACCAUUCACUCAUGAAGAGGGACUCCAGAAAAGAGUCUUCAAAUGGAGGUGUUUGUGAUGCCUCAGAGGUUGCGAAUGUUCGCAGCAGUAUGAUUGGCGAAAUUGAAAACAGAUCAUCUCAUUUACUUGCUAUCAAAGCAGAUGUUGAAACUCAAGGAGAAUUCGUCAAUUCAUUGAUAAGAGAGGUCAACAAUGCAGUUUACCAGAACAUUGAAGAUGUUGUGGAAUUUGUGAAGUGGCUCGACGAUGAACUUGGUUUUCUGGUGGAUGAAAGGGCAGUCCUAAAGCACUUUGAAUGGCCGGAAAAGAAAGCUGAUACGUUACGAGAAGCAGCAUUUGGGUAUAGAGAUUUGAAGAAAUUGGAGUCAGAAGUGUGUUAUUUCAAGGAUGAUCCUCGGCUUCCUUGUGAUAUUGCACUUAAGAAAACGGUAGCUUUAUCAGAGAAGAUGGAGCGCACUGUUUAUAAUCUUCUAAGAACAAGAGAAUUCUUGAUGAGAAAUUGCAAUGAGUUCCAUAUUCCGACAGAUUGGAUGCUUGAUAAUGGCAUCAUUAGCAAGAUAAAGUUUGGGUCAGUAAAGUUGGCAAAGAAGUACAUGAAGAGAGUAGCUAUGGAAAUUCAAUCAAAAGCAGCACUAGAAAAAGACCCUGCUCUUGACUAUAUGCUACUUCAAGGAGUUAGAUUUGCUUUCAGAAUUCAUCAGUUUGCUGGAGGAUUUGAUGCAGAAACAAUGCAUGCAUUUGAGGAACUUCGCAACCUGGCUCAUCUCCUCAACAAGAAGUAGAUGGAGAAGAGUGUGUAUUUUCUAGCUUACUAUCUCAGUAAGCUUUUAUACUUUGAAUAUUUUGUAUACAAUUUUGUAUAUUUUAUUAGGCUUAUUUCUGUGUGUGAGGGAAUAUAUAUGAAGCAAUUUUGUUCACUUGGACAGUUUUAGAAUAUAACAAAUUUGGUGAGAGUGUGAAGCCUUUCUUUUA